UUAGUUAUUUUAAAACUCUGUGGAUUGAAGUGGUGACAAUGGAAAAGCAUUUUACUCUCUGCUUGUUUGCGGUGCUGAUGAUCAGCACUUUUGUUGUUCAAUCAAAGGAGGAAUCAGAAGAAUCUGACAAAAAGAAUUCUGAUGUUGGAACAGUUAUUGGUAUUGAUUUAGGAACAACAUAUUCCUGCGUUGGUGUGUUUAAACAUGGUCGUAUUGAUAUUAUUGCCAAUGAUCAGGGUAAUCGUAUCACACCCUCCUAUGUAGCCUUCACCUCUGAUGGUGAACGUUUGAUUGGUGAUGCUGCAAAAAACCAGCUUACAUCUAACCCAGAGAAUACAGUAUUUGAUGUGAAACGUUUUAUUGGACGUUCCUGGGAAGACAAAUCUGUACAACAUGACAUAAAAUAUUAUCCAUUUAAGUUUGUUAACAAAAACAGCAAACCAUACAUUGUUGUGAAUACUUCUGAAGGAGAAAAAACAUUUGCACCAGAAGAAAUUUCAGCUAUGGUUUUAGGAAAAUUGAGGGACAUUGCUGAAGAGUAUUUAGGGGAAAAAAUCACUAAUGCAGUUGUGACAGUGCCAGCCUAUUUCAAUGAUGCUCAGAGACAGGCCACUAAGGAUGCUGGAACUAUUGCAGGUCUCAAUGUGAUGAGAAUCAUUAAUGAGCCAACUGCUGCUGCUAUUGCUUAUGGUCUUGAUACGAAGGAUGGUGAAAAGAAUAUUCUGGUUUUCCAUCUUGGUGGUGGAACCUUUGAUGUUUCUCUACUCACAGUUGAUUAUGGUGUUUUUGAAGUAGUAUCCACCAAUGGGAACACUCAUCUAGGUGGAGAAGAUUUUGACUACCGAGUAUUGGAGCAUUUUAUUAAACUUUACAAGAAAAAGAAGGGUGUGGACAUUAAGAAGGACAAUAGUGCAGUUCAGAAACUCCUUCGUGAAGUUGAAAAGGCCAAACGUGCUCUAUCUUCUACUCACAGUGUUCGUUUGGAGAUUGAAUCUUUCUUUAAUGGUGAAGACUUCUCUGAGACUCUCACUCGUGCUAAAUUUGAAGAACUGAACAUGGACUUAUUCCAGUCUACAUUGAAACCAUUAAAACAAGUGUUGGAAGAUGCAGAUCUCAAGACAGAUGAUAUUGAUGAAAUUGUGUUGGUUGGUGGCUCAACCCGUAUUCCUAAAGUCCAACAGCUAGUUAUGGAGUUUUUUAAUGGCAAGGAACCAAGCAGAGGGAUUAAUCCAGAUGAAGCUGUUGCUAAUGGUGCAGCUGUCGAAGCUGGUGUUUUGAGUGGGGAAGAAGAUAAUGUGAUAGAAUGCUACUUUUUUUAGAAGAUCUAUGUUGUGGUGAUCACGUAGGACAUGUGAUUGUGGUGUCAUGCAGGUGUAGCUAGCUAUGGUGACUAUAUGUGGUGACAAUAUGUGGUGACUAUAUGUGGUGACUAUAUGUGGUGACUAUAUGUGGUGACUAUAUGUGGUGACUAUAUGUGAUGACUAUAUGUGGUGACUAU